AUGGCGAGUCUCAAACGGUCCAAUGUGAUCAUCAUCCACCCCGACCUGGGGAUCGGUGGUGCCGAGCGGCUUAUCAUCGACGUGGCACUCGCGCUCCAGAAUCGAGGCCACCGAGUCACGGUCUACACCUCACACCGCGAUACGACGCAUUGUUUCGAAGAGGCGCGUGACGGAACGCUCGAAGUUCGCGUGCGCGGGAACUCCCUCGUCCCCGCGCAUAUUUGCGGUCGCUUCCACGUGUUGAUGGCCAUAUUGCGACAGUUGCAUUUGACGAUAUCCGUGUUGAGAGAGCUGGCUUCUUCAGCCGCCAGCGAAACGAGGCCCGACAAUGCGCAAACCAAAUCUCUGGAUGACGAAUUGGAGGACGACAUUUUCAUCGUGGACCAAGUCCCGGCUUGUGUACCGUUCUUGAAAACUCUAGGGCCCCAAUGGGACCGCCGCCGCCAGCGCAUCCUGUUCUACUGCCACUUCCCGGAUCAAUUGCUCGCCCGUCGCGACGAGGGUAGCUCGCUUUUACGACUUGCAAAGAUUCUUUAUCGGUACCCGUUCGAUUGGUUUGAAGGCUGGGCGCUGAGUGCGGCGGAUAAAGUUGUUGCGAACUCGCGGUUUACGCGCGGCGUCAUCAGCGAGGUCUUUGGUUCGAAGCAGUUGGGCGAUGUGCGCGUUGUCUAUCCUUGUGUGGAUACCGAGACCGGCGCCGCAGGUGCGAUUAAGGAUGUCAUUGAGGAUGGCGGACAAUUAUGGGGCGGGAAGAAGAUACUGCUGAGUAUCAACCGGUUCGAGAGGAAGAAGGACAUGGCUUUGGCGAUUCGCGCGUAUCAUGGGCUGGGAGAACAGAAGAGGAGAGGCACUCGGUUGGUAAUUGCAGGCGGUUACGACAACCGGGUCCAAGAGAAUGUGCAGUACCAUCGGGAGCUGGACAAGCUUGCGACCAGUCUGGGGCUGCAGACCGCGACAUCGAAAACGGUCAUCUCUGCCCUAUCCAUCCCGGACUCCAUCGACGUGCUGUUCCUACUCUCCGUGCCGACCGCCUUCCGCGACACCCUCCUCUCGCAAGCAAAACUGCUCCUCUAUACCCCGAUCAACGAGCACUUUGGCAUUGUGCCUGUCGAAGCGAUGCGCGCGGGGGUCCCCGUCCUCGCGUCAAACACCGGCGGUCCGCUAGAAACCAUCGUCGAGGGCGAAACAGGCUGGCUACGCGACGCGAAGGUCGAUGCGGAUUGGACGGCUGUCAUGGACAAGGUCCUCUACGAGAUGGACCAGGAGGAGCUGGACCGCAUGUCUGUGGCAGCCAAGCGUCGAGUACAGCAGGAGUUCUCGCUCGUCGCGAUGGGCGACAACCUGGAGAGGGAGAUAUCUGAUAUGCUCGCCAGUCCGAGACGCCCGUUCAAUGGAUUCCAGCAGGUAUUUGUUCUUCUGGCCGUGGCGGGGAUCGCGCUGGCUGCUUUUGCUGCGUUUGUCUUGAGGUCGUCAUGA